UAAAAGCCCAUUUGAGUUAUUGACAUGCAUCAAAGUAAUCUUCAAUUCAAUUGCUUUUGCAGAAAUUAGGGAUUUCAUUCAGUUUAUUCAUUGCCUAGCAAAAAGAAAAAGAAAUUACAAGAAGCAAAGAUUUCAUCUUUUUAGGGUUUUGUGAAAUUGAAGAAUGAGAAAGCUUAAGUUUCACGAGAAAAAGUUACUGAAGAAAGUAAAUUUCUUGUUAUGGAAGAGAGAAGGAGAUCACAGAGAAGCAAAAGUUAUGCAACGUUACCACAUAGUCGACCGGGACGACUACAAAAAGUAUUCGGGUAUAUGCAGGAUGGUGCAGAAAUUGGUGAAUAUAUUGAAGCAGAUGGACCCAAGAGACCCUUACCGUGUUGAAAUGACUGAUAUGCUUUUAGAGAAGCUCUAUAACAUGGGAGUGAUACCAAGCAGGAAAAGCUUGGCUUUGUGCGACCGUUUAUCAGUAUCAUCAUUUUGCAGACGAAGGCUUUCAACUGUUCUGAUGCGAUUGAAGUUUGCUGAGCAUUUAAAAGAAGCCAUCACAUAUAUUGAGCAGGGUCAUAUUCGAGUUGGUCCUGAGACAGUAACUGACCCAGCAUUCCUGGUAACAAGGAAUAUGGAAGACUUUGUCACAUGGGUCGACACAUCAAAGAUAAAGAGGAAGGUGCUGGAGUACAAUGAGAAGUUGGAUGAUUAUGAUGCAAUGAACUGAAGUUUUCUCUGCUCAUGUGGGGCAUAGUUAAUGAUAUAAGAUAACUGUCAAGGCUCUGUGGAAGUUAUAUAGCAAUGAUGCCCACAGAUGGACAGGUAUCUUAAUCCACUGCUAAUAGCCAGUCCGCAAGAGUGGUCAUGGGUUUCAAGUGCCAUUAGUUUUAUAAUGUUAUGGACAAAUUUAUAAUCUGUUUUCUUUUUCAAGAUAAAUUGGUUAUUUGUGUUUCCUGAAUUUCGAUUCCCAUAUAUAAGAUUGCAUUACAUGAUAGAAGAGGA